AUGUUCGCAUUCACCUCUCUCCUCGACAAGACAGUUCUAGUCACUGCCAGCAUCCUACUUCUCGCACUUAUCCACUACAAGACAACACUCUCGCGACAAGCAAUGGCCGGUAACUCGAGCAGCAAGAGCUACCACGACCGCAUCAGAUUAUCAGUAAUGGCACAGAUGAACGCCAUCUACAACGGAAAUACCACUGCAUCGCACCCCGCAUCCUCUUCCUCAACCUCGCCGACCUCUACAUCUCCUUCUUCGCCAGCUACCACCAUGCUCCCCAUCGCCGACAUCAACUCUCCGCACCCAGACAACCGCGUAAACCUCGCCCGAGUCAUGUACAGGAUGAGCGACCUCAUCUCCCACCUCCACAACCACUACCAGGCUACUAUGCCACAAAAAGACGAAGAAGAGGCUGAUCCCGGCCUCCAAUGGACGAGUCGAACAACUACCGAGUUCAGGCUAUGGAUAGGAAAAGCGCGCCGAGCAGCACAGCAGGCCUUGGUCAUUAGGGCAAGAACACAAGUCGCCGUCCAGCUCCCAGGCUUCGUGGCCAAGAAGUCGAGAGUUCUGGGCGAGUUCCCGUCCCAUUUGGAGGAGUAUUUCGGGCUGUUUUGCAGCGAUAUCGCUACUUCAGUAGGCGUCAAGUAUAGUGUUGUGCACGAGUUGGGAUUUGCGGUGCAGCUGAGGCAGAACUUUGGAAUGGGUGGUAGUUGGGGAGAGGACGAGGAUGACGAGAUGGCACUAAGUGCGGGAGGAAACGCGUCGAAGUACGCGAUCAUGCAGAUGUUUGCGUUCCCCAACGCAUACUGGGCUCUUUGUCUUGCUGGGCUGAUCGAGAUGGAGUGA